AUGCUUCACCCAUAUUGGACGGUAUGGCUGGCUACCCUCGUGGCCGCUAGUCUAAAAGACCUAGCCAACUGCGAUCCCCUGCGAAAAGACAUGCACUGCCCUCCUGAUCCGGCAUUUGCUGGCAAAGCCUCAUAUGACUUCACCACAUCCAACUGGGACAACCUCCAUGAUUUCUGGAGCGUCGACAAAGCAACAUCCAAUGACAAGAGAAAGCUAGAUUUCCAGACUGGCGGCAACGGAGCCGCCAUGGGAAUGUGGAAGCCAGGCGAUGCCCCAACUCUCGUCAGCAACAAAUACCUCCUCUUCGGUAAAGUCAGUGUCACGCUACAAGCCGCCAAGGGUAAAGGUCUCAUAACAGCCGUGGUGUUGAAAUCCGACUCGGGCGAUGAAAUAGACUGGGAACUUCUCGGCGCAUACGACAAUCAAGCGCAAACAAACUACUUCUACGACGGCCAGGCCCUCUUCAACACCUACAACGACACCUACGAGCUAAGCACCUCGUCCUUUGCCGCGUUUCAAAAAUACUCCCUCGAAUGGACAGACCAGUUCCUCAGCUUCUCCAUCAACGACACCAUCCGCAAGAUAUGGUACGUCGGCGAGAUUCCACCGGGCAAAUGGCCCCAGACCCCUAUGCAGGUGAAACUGGGUGUGUGGUCCGUCAGCAACGACAGCGACCACGGCGAGAUUGAAUGGGCUGGCGGCGUGCCUGACUGGGGGUCCGGUCCGUACCGGGGAUACUUUAAGAGUGUCGAGGUUGAGGACUACAUGGGCUUUUGUAACCAGACGGACGGGUAUGUCGAGUACCAGUAUGAUGAGAGGACGGAGGGAUGGCAGAAGAUUAGGAUAGCUGGGUGUAAGAACCGGCCGGGAGCUGAGUUACCUACGCCUAGUCCCGUGGAGAGUGGCGAUGCUACGGCGACAAAGACUGAUGGUGAAGGUCCAGAGGAGUCUGGGGGAGGUGAUGAUGAAGGCGGUUCGUGUUUGUCCAUGACGGUUUCUUCGACUAUGGCUGCUGUGUUGGGUUUGGGGUGGAUUUUGAUUCUGUAG